GAUAAGGCUAAUACAUAAACCCAAAACUUCAAUUCUUCUUGGUGGUGUGAGGGAGAAAGAGAACUCAGAAAUGGCAAAAGUUGCACAUUUGGUUUCCCAAAGAAGCUUUAACCCAAUUCCCUUUCCAUCCACACCAAACUCCAAUACCCUGAAAUCGCCAUUUCCCACACCCAAAAUCACUGCUUCUUCAAGAAAACAUGACUUGUCCAUGAUGACAAAGAAAAGUUCGAGGAGUACUCCCCGCCGUCUGAUUAAAAUAUCAACGUCAGAUGGGAAAUGGCAGGGGAAUUGGAGCCGUGACUACCUUGUUACUCUUCAGGAGCUGCGCUUGGGAGAUUUGGUUGAAGAUGAACAGCAUAAAGAUGCAGAGGUUUUAAUCAAUCUAUGCAUCCAAAAGCAUGCUAGCUUCGGUCUAUCUGUGGAUGGACGAAUCAUCACAUCCUUCACCAGAAAAUGCAGCUACUGCUCAAACCCAUAUUGCAGAGAGAUUGAUACAAACUUUAAUGUCUGGGUUCUACCAUCGAGUAAUCGAACAAUUCAAUUACCUGAAAUUGGUGUAGAUGAUCCAUCAGUCAUUUACGUUAAACCGGGAUUUGAAGCUGAUCUUGAUUCGCUGGUUCAGGACACAAUCAGGCUUACAACCUCCUCCAAAGAUACUUGCUCGGAGUCGUGUGAAAAAUCUGAACCCAAAUUGCAAUAUAUCGGUGUGAAGAAAGCUGCAUCCAUUGAUAAGAGAUGGUCCAGGCUCCUGGAGUGGAGAAAAGCAAAUCCAUGACGUGCAUUUGCUUUAGUUGAUUACAUGAAGUGUCCAUCCAAUACAAUUCCUGUUUUUCAUUACAACAGUUGGUCUGUUAAUAAGUUGAGUGAUUAGUUAGCAGAUGUUAAUGGUGGAAAGCAUUGAUUUGCUCCUUACAAUGUGCA